CCUCACUUCGCCACACACCCUCCAACAACGCGCCUGCGUGUCGUUCUAACAAACUUGGAACUGCUUGCCUCUGCCGGAUGGAUGAUUUCCAACUGCAGGCUUGUCGCAUCCCUUGGACUGUGCACAUUGUGCUGAAUAGUGCUGCUGGAUAUGCUGUUGUCCUCUCACAUGCCCCACUAUGGGCUCUAGACUCGAAUCAGGUUCUAAUGCCGUGCGGAAGCGAAUCGAGAACCAUGUAUUUGACAAUGAAGAUGGGGAGGAAUAUCAGGGGUCAAGUUUUGGGGGGUUUGGCGACUAUUUCCGACGGAAGAAGCUCAAACUUCAGAACCUUGACGCGGAACUCCGUGCCUCAUCGCCGCAAAACCCACCUAUAUUCCGCGGGGUGGUAGCGCACGUCAACGGUUACACACAACCUUCUCUGAAAGAUCUUCAUCACUUGAUCGUGAGCCAUGGAGGAGGGUUUCUUCAGUAUCUGGACGGGAAAACAUCCGCCACUCAUAUAAUUGCAAGCACUCUGACUCCAAAGAAGCGAGAGGAGUUUCGCAAAUAUCGCAUUGUGAAGCCUGCAUGGGUGGUUGAAAGUGUUAAAGCUGGACGCCUUUUGCCAUGGGAUAGUUUUAGGGUAGUGGAUGAAGGGCAGUCCCAAAAAGUGCUGAUGUUUGGAGGCGAUGGGCAAGUGCAAAGUCAGGUCAACCCUCAAAGUCGAAGCUAUAAAGAUCAAACAUAUACGAGCUGGUAUACGUCUCAAAUAAAGUCCAAAUCUCUGGAUAAUGACGAUCAUAUGGAAAUUACUGGCGCUACAUCCUCAGCACACGGCAUGGAUGCAGGGACACCAGCGUCUACCCUACACAACGAGCUGCGGGGAACCCACUCCGAUGCUACAAUGGCCGCAUUUCCUGCUCUUAAUACCACUCUUGACACUGGUGUAGUUAAUCAGGCGAUCACUCGUUCUAGUUCCCGUGAAACCUUGGAGGAUCCUGAGCCGCCUGAUGAAAUAGGGACUGUGGAUCAAGUUACACUUCCCAAACCCGUUUCUGACAAAUAUAAAGAAAGUGACGCUCAUUCUUCAAUGACCCCGGAGGAAUAUAAUGCACAACUUCUUUCGGCUCCUCAUAUGCGAAAUUCAAGUGUUGUUAACCCCGAGUUCAUACAACAGUUCUACCGGGAAUCCCGUCUUCAUCACCUGUCGACGUGGAAAGCCGAACUCAAGGCUAAACUUCAGAGUGCGGCCCAAGAGAAAGGCAUAUCUCGGACGGCGAAGAAGCCUCAUGUUACUGGAGCACGGAGAUACAUUUUGCACGUCGAUUUUGACAGCUUUUUUGCCGCCGUGUCAAUACGAAAACAUCCGGAACUAGUUGACCAACCUGUGGCUAUCGCACACGGCACAGGUCCUGGAUCCGAGAUUGCGAGUUGUAACUAUCCAGCACGUUCGUUCGGCAUCAAAAACGGGAUGUGGAUGAAAGCGGCACUGCAAAUGUGUCCAAACUUGAAAGUGCUUCCAUACGAUUUCGCUGCAUAUGAACAGGCUAGUCGAGCAUUUUAUGAAGUCAUACUCUCAAUCGAUGGGAUUGUUCAAAGCGUUAGUAUUGAUGAAGCUCUAGUGGAUAUCACAGGUGUCUGUUUAGAUGCUGGUGGUUCGGAUGGUCGUGGCAUCUCGGAAGGCUCGAUAUGGCGGGAACAGGAAAAGGCUGAUGAGAUAGCACAAAAUCUUCGCAAUUCCGUUAAAGAGCGAACUGGCUGCAAUAUCUCUGUGGGUAUCGGUGGCAACGUGUUGCAGGCCAGGGUUGCAUUACGAAAAGCGAAGCCUGCUGGCCAAUUUCAGCUUAAGCCCGACGCAGUCUUAGAUUUCAUCGGAACUCUUGCCGUGAAAGAUCUUCCUGGCGUCGCUCACAGUUUGGGCGCGAAACUUGAAGAGCUUGGCGUAACUUUCGUGAAGGAUAUCCGUGAUCUUAGCAGGGAAAAAUUGACAUCUAGUCUAGGGCCCAAGACUGGGGCCAAACUAUGGGAUUUCGCACGUGGAAUCGACAAUACAGAAGUGGGAGUCCAAGCGCCUCGGAAAUCGGUAUCGGCUGAGAUAAACUGGGGCAUUCGAUUUGUCAAUCAGGCUCAGGCUGAGGAAUUCGUCCAAAGUUUAUGCGAUGAACUCCAUCGACGACUUGUUGAGAAUCUCGUAAAAGGAAAGCAGCUAACCAUGCGGAUUAUGAAACGAUCUGCCGAUGCUCCUCUGGAACCUGUUAAACAUCUAGGACAUGGCAAAUGCGAUACGUUCAACAAAAGUGUCAACUUAGGGGUAGCUACUAAUGCUAGCGACAUUAUUGGACGGGAGGCAAUUACAAUUCUGAGAGGAUUCAAGUUCUCUCCAGGUGACUUGCGAGGCCUUGGGGUUCAAAUGACGAAACUAGAACCCGUUAAACAGUAUCAUGCGAGGGAAUUGGAUAGCAGCCAAAAGCAGAUUAGUUUCAAACCGGCAAGUCCUACUCGACAACGCGAGACACCGAUAGAUCCUGAUGAAAUUAACACCCCUCGGAAAGGGGACACGACUAGCGAAUAUUUGCCCAAAUCCCUCCAAUCUGCUCCAGGUUUAACUGAUGCCUCACAAAAGCCAUUGAAUCUUACUGGGACGCAAUUUGUGAUGCCAACCCAGGUAGACCCAAAAGUGUUGACAGAGCUACCAAUGGAUAUUCGAUCAAAAUUUGCUCCUAAGCAGACACAUAUUCAGGGGAUUCAGUUUCAUGGUGAAUCUCCACGUGCAGACUCACCCUCUCCAGCUGCAUAUCUACCGCCUCAAUCGCAACUCGAUCCGGACAUGCUUGCUGAGCUACCUGAGGAUGUUCGAGCGGAAGUCCUGGGUUAUUACAAGCGACCUCUAAGUCCUCGCUCAGAAUCGCCACAACUCGGCACACCACGGCAUAGUAAAGCUGCGAUCUCAAAAGCUAUCAAGAAAGCCAUUACUCCCACAAAAGCGAGAGCCGGGCGUGCACGUGGACGGCCUAAUAAAAACCUUGCUGGGAAUAGCACCCUGAUGCAAUCUAAUUUCAUUCUUACACGGCCUUCAGCCGAUCCGACCUCCGUCCAGGCAGAUGUAGCCUCAGCUGCCUCACCCCAAGCUGAAGCCGACGGCAUUUCAGAUGAAUUCCUCGCUGCAUUGCCGGAUGAUAUACGUCGUGAGGUGCUCGAAGAGCACAAACGCUCCCGCCUCCAAAAGAGAGCCGGCCUCAACCUACCUCCCCCGACCCGCAGAUCUCUUUUCCCCAAGCCCACUGUGCGAACACCAGAACAGAAAACGAUCAGUCUACUCCCUCGCCCGGAAAAGGUAACUUUCACCUCUAAGAAACUCUCGUCUCUCCCAGAGUUGCGCAAGGCGUUGGACGAGUGGUACGGAGCCUUUGAGACGGAGGCCCCAUAUGAAGAGGAUGUAGCGGCACUGGCGAAGUAUUUAAAACGUGUGGUACUUGAGGAGAAGGAUAUUGCGAAGGCAGUUGCUGUGGUUGGGUGGUUAGCAUGGUUGAUCGGGUCUUCGACCGCUGAAGAGAUUCAGCCAGAUCAAGGUGGCAGUUCUCCGGAGGUCGGAACAUCUAGCACGGCCAAAAAUGUCCAGGCAAGAGAAGGAUGGGUCAAAGCACUCUGGAGCCUUCGCGAUAAUAUUAGCGAUGCUGUCCAGGAAAGAGGUUUACCUCCAGUUGAAUUCACUUGAACGUGGACUGGUUUAGCUGUGCUAUCUAUCUAUAAACGCGCCUUUUGGAUAUGUUAUUGUUUUCGCUUGUUAUCUUUUGUGCCCAUUCUAGGUAGCCUCCAAAUGCUACAUUCGAUCUCUACCACUGCCCAAAGUCAAGCUCGUCACGAUUAUGAGAGAAGGGUCAAGGGAAAGAUUCAUAGCGAUUGACAUACUGAAACCCUCCAAAACGGAAUCGCAAACUCUCAUUCUCGUAAAUUUGAUCGCUAAUACAUGCUUCAAGAACACUUAACUCCCACAUCACAAAAUUCUUCCUCUCUCUCUAUAUCAAGAUCAACGCGAAUGGCGCCCUAGGCUCGGUACUGUCUGUGAAUCCCAAAUACUCCCUAUAUUCCGGGGCACCAACCACCUUCUAAUUCCUGGUCUCUUCGAUGCAGUGCGAGGAUUGAACCCCUGAUCAACCGCUCUGUAAGUCUCGCCGGGGGUCCAUGCAAACGCUUUGUUCAUAACGGGACCAGCUUUUGGUACAUCCUCCUCCUUCCUAUCUUCAGGGGUGAAGUUCGCGCAGGUCUAAUACUUUGUCCGCUAAGGCAAGACAUUCCAAUUUUUAAGAGGAGGAUGACAUAUAUUCCAGAGACAGAAUAUGACCAGUCCUCAAUCCCAGGGCGCUGAAAGCUUCAGUUUCUGCCAAAAUAAGGGGGUUAUGAAUCAUUACUUUCACUCCUUUACUUCCUCUAUGAGUGAUGUAAUAUAACGUGCAGAUAUACUUGUCUAUACAGCCCAGCGUGAGCUAGAAGCAAUUUUUUUUGUCAAUACUGAUGCAAUAUGCAGGAAAGGACAACAGUUGAAUGUACAUGUACAUUUACAUAUGAAAUGAACCCUCAUGUCCUUACGAAGCGUUGUCGUCACCACAGGCAAAAGCCAACUCGGGAACCAAUGAAUGGUUCACGUAACUAUUUCAUCUCUACUCCAACAUCUCAGGGAACCCUACUAUACCUCCUUGUAUUGUAACCGUGUGAUGCGCUUCAGGUAUAAGCUUGAGUUCGAAAAUAUGGGAUUGGAGUCUUGCUUAUGGGAUGGCUCAUGCUAAUGGAGGUCCCUCCCCGUAAACUGCAAAAUCUUCGCCCUUGUACGAUGGACAUGUAGUUACCUAAAUGUCAUCAACUGAUGAGCUUAAUCGAUUGUAUUCCCUAGAUUUAUCGAAUACAGCACCGGACAAUGUCCACCUAAGUCCGUUCUAUUGUAGUAUCGAGAGGCUCCAUAUAGCCCCCGAGGCUCCGUUAUUAAAGCUCCGGCACCUACCCAUAGCUCAGGCUUGCGUCGUCUAGUUAUCCCAGCCACAGCGGACACCUCCAUCAACACCGGAACUAUUACCGCAGGCGCAGUAAUUCCCCCAACUUUUCAUUCGCC